UUUUCAGAAGAGCCCUGACGCAGCGGCUGUCAGCUCCAUUUUGCGGUCGGAGCCCGUCCAGCCCGCAGGGCCUUCUCCGCUGUCGCGUUAGCUUUGUCUCCUUCGGCUUCGACUCUCUGGCCAGGACGAUGAGGCACUCGAAGAGAAGUUACGGUGCCGAUUGGGACGAGAAGGACUGGGAGGCCGCCAAGUGGAGGAGCAGCAGCCGCAAGAGGGCGAGGCGGUCCCCCAGCAGCGCCCGCGAGAGCAAGCGCUGCCAGUACGACCCCGCGAAAACCUCGGACAGUCACUAUUUGGAAAGCCGGUCUCUAAAUGAGAGAGAUUAUUAUAGCCGGCGCUACGUUGAUGAAUAUAGAAAUGACUACAGUCAAGGGUGUGAGCCCGGGCAUCGCCACAGGGACCAUGAAGGCCGAUACCAGAACCACAGCAGCAAGUCCUCUGGCCGGAGUGGACGGAGUAGCUAUAAAAGCAAGCACCGGACUCACCACAGCACCACCCAUCGCCGAUCACACGCGAAGAGUCACCGAAGGAAAAGAUCCAGGAGUGUAGAGGAUGAUGAGGAGGGUCACCUGAUCUGUCAGAGUGGAGACGUACUAAGUGCAAGAUAUGAAAUUGUUGAUACUUUAGGUGAAGGAGCUUUUGGAAAAGUCGUGGAGUGCAUUGAUCAUAAAGUGGGAGGUAGACAUGUAGCAGUAAAAAUAGUUAAAAAUGUGGAUAGAUACUGUGAAGCUGCCCGCUCAGAAAUACAAGUGCUGGAACACUUAAAUACAACAGACCCCAAUAGUACAUUCCGCUGUGUCCAGAUGUUGGAAUGGUUUGAGCAUCGUGGUCACAUUUGCAUUGUAUUUGAAUUACUAGGACUUAGUACUUAUGAUUUUAUUAAGGAGAAUGGUUUUCUGCCAUUUCGACUGGAUCAUAUCAGGAAGAUGGCAUAUCAGAUAUGCAAGUCUGUGAAUUUUCUGCACAGUAAUAAGUUGACUCAUACCGACUUAAAGCCUGAAAACAUUUUAUUUGUGCAGUCUGACUACACAGAGGCAUAUAAUCCCAAAAUGAAACGUGAUGAACGUACCUUAAUAAAUCCAGAUAUUAAAGUUGUGGACUUUGGAAGUGCAACAUAUGAUGAUGAACAUCACAGUACAUUGGUAUCUACCAGACACUAUAGGGCUCCUGAAGUUAUUUUAGCCUUAGGAUGGUCCCAACCAUGUGAUGUCUGGAGUAUAGGAUGUAUUCUUAUUGAAUAUUACCUUGGCUUUACAGUGUUUCCAACACAUGAUAGUAAGGAGCACCUAGCAAUGAUGGAAAGGAUUCUUGGACCUUUACCAAAACAUAUGAUACAGAAAACCAGGAAACGUAAAUAUUUCCAUCAUGAUCGAUUGGACUGGGAUGAACACAGUUCUGCUGGCAGAUAUGUUUCAAGGCGUUGCAAACCUCUAAAGGAAUUUAUGCUUUCUCAGGAUGCUGAACAUGAGCUUCUCUUUGACCUCAUUCAGAAAAUGUUGGAGUAUGAGCCAUCUAAAAGGAUUACUCUCAAAGAAGCCUUAAAACAUCCUUUCUUCCAUCCCUUAAAAAAAACUACAUAGAUCUCUAAUUGUACAGCGAAAGAGGAGAUUUUAUAGACUGUAUCAGUCUAAUUAAGUUAUUUUGUACAGCUUUUGUAAAUUUCUUAAACUUUUAUAUUGCCUUGUUUAUUUUGUUUGGAUAGUUUGAUUUGUUAAGUCCAUAGCUAAUUAAUGAACAUCUUUUACAAUGAUUUCUGUAUAAAAUGAUCUAUUCAGAAUAAAUUUUUUUGUGUUUAUGAAGUUUA